AUGGCAAAGCUCCAAUUUGACGAUCUGCCAGAGGAUAUCAAGAUCCUCCGUCCAACCGAUCUCAAGAGCGUCUGCCUGGUGAACAAGCAACUCCACACCCUUGCCGUCAGACCGCUGUACCGCUACAUUGCUCUCGACCUGGGAAGCGCAAAUGAUGCUCGCCUCUCAGCCUUCCUCAGCCCCUCCAACAUAGGUCUGAAGCACAUAAGGCAGAUACGGCUGUACUUGGCGAAUGUACGGGACAGAUGCAACCAGAAGCAACAGGCUAGCUUCGCAACGAGAAUGCUGUUAGAGUUCCUGCCAAAUGAUAUCUUGGAAGAGUUCAGUUGGUGUCCAUGGGAAAGCUUCGACAAGGACAAUCUCCUCCUUCUUUACCGCAGACAACGACGGAUGAAAUGGCUGGAGGUUAUGAAUCUCAACAAAGAUGUCCUGCCCGAGCUCAAGAAGAAUGUCAAGAUGCAGGAGGGCAUUUUUGCAUAUACGAGAACCUUGGCGCUAUAUCCGGAGAAUCUAAAGAGUUUAGAGUUGUGCAAGUUCUUCGUUCAGAAGGCGGCGAAGAGGGUGGAGGAGUUAAUUGUGCAUGCGCAUUUUGAUAUGCAUGACCGAGAUCACUCUCCUCCUCGGCCAGUAGCCGAUGUGGUCGAUGCGAGAGAGCUUAACGACUCGGCUACUGGACCGGGAAUACUGACCCGGACAAUGUUCGCUCAUCUGAUGCCGUUCGAGAAGUGCACACCAUUUGCCAAGCUCACAUCACUACGGCUUCACUGCCUCAACCUGCGGCAUUGUGCAGAGACGUGGUGUAAAGUGGUCGACUUCAACAGGCUGCAAAUCCUCCGCCUCUACCAAUGUGCCGGAGCGGACUCGCUGUUCGGUCAGAUGAGCAAAGCCACCCACCUGCCACGGGAGCUGAAAAUGCUCGAAUUCGUACACAAGGAUAAUGAUGAAAACGAGGCCCUGAUCGCACUGGACGGCUUCUUAUGUCUUGUAUCUGGUCUCCGACAUAUGAUCAUCGACCUGGAGCACGUCAAAGCAUUACCAGCUGCCGCUGGCAUCGUGCGACAUUCCAAAACACUGGAGAUGCUGAACGUUCACGCUUCAGAUGAGAACAACAAUCCUAUCACGAGCACGAGCGAUGACAGCGAAGAGCACGUCUGGAGUGUGGAAGACUUCGAGAAGAUUUGCAAGGCCUGCUCACGGCUGGAGCAACUAUCCUGCGCGUGGCCACAAUCGAGCCUAAUACGUGCACCAACCGAGUCGUGGAAGAGUUUCGAGAGUGCGGUGGUGACGAAUCUGAAAGGGGUGGUAACGCUCCAUAUGAGCACAUUCCCAAGCAACAAACCCUCGACACAGUUGCUACCCAGAGCAGUCUACGAGCAGUUGCUGCAAGGUUUGGCGACAAGACUCUUCAGUAUAGCGGCAACGGGCGGCGCUAAGAGCGACGUCGGAUCUGCUGCCUCUACUACAAACACGAACGAGGACAAUGAGGACGAGCAGCCCACUGCGGCAGAUGCUGAAGCCAUCUCCUCUUCUUCCGCAACGACGGAGACGAAGCCCAACAAGCUCCGCCUCCUAGCCUUCGGAAUCUCGGACAAGAUUUAUGAGCGCGAAGAGAGCAAGAAUCAGAUCUUGUACUUGCGAUCGUCGUGCAAGACCGCAUUGGGAGAGGAGAAGCCUUAUGCGGCGCCUAUCACGUGGAACAUGCGGCAGUUCGUGGAGCCUAGGAGUGAGGUGUUGGAGUUUGUGUUGCAGCGGGAGAGUCGGGUGCCGUGCAAGGAUAGUCCGGGUACUGGGAGUGGGCUGGGUAUGGGUGGGCAUGCUUGGGGUGAAGAUGAUGAGUAA